GGCUUCAAACACCAAAGCCCACCUUACCCUCAACCACCAUGUCUCUGGCUCGAGACGCUGCCGCUUUCAAAAGUGCCUUGACGAGGCAGGACUAUUCAUCAUGGCACUCUCAACCACCACCACUGCAACAACCGCAGGAUGCGGCUGAAUCAUCUUCGUCGAAAAAGAAGAAACGGCCUAAGUCAAACAUCGUGUAUUCUCAGCCUGCAGACACCGGCAAGGGCCAGGAUGUCAAUACUCAGCUCGUUUACGCUGUGAACCACCUUAAGUCGCAUGGAAACCCGAUGCGUCUGCAAGACUUGGCCAUCAUCACAGAGCUGCCCCUUGAUACAGACAAGGUCCUUUUUGAGAAGUUCAAGUCGCACGAUAGGGUCGUCCAUGAUCCUAAAACGGACCUCUUUUCGUAUCGACAUGAUUUCAACGUCCGGAAUAAGGCGUCCCUCCUCACAGAAAUCCAGCGACAGACUCGGAAGGGCGGCGGCCUCUCUAUACGUACUCUGAAGGAGAGCUGGAAAGAGGCUCCUCAGGCAAUCGAGGAACUGGAGAAGGAGGGCGAAGUGUACGUCACUCGGACGCUGAAAGAUGGCCAGUUGCGGAUGGUCUUCUGGAACGAGAUAAAGCCAGAUGAGGAGGACGGCGGUGGUCAGGUGGAGAAAGAAUUCCUCGACCUGUGGCAUUCAUUACAAGUGCCGAAUGAUGUGGACCUUCUCAAGCAGCUCGUGAAUGAAGGCUUGCAAGCUACCGCCGGCGAGACCGUAGUGCCUAAGGGGCCUAUGACGAAGAGGAAGGGCAAGAAAACGGCUACAAGACAAAGACAGAUCCGCCUCACGAACACGCACUUGAAGGGUCAGAUCGAUUUGUCGAAGGACUACGUCACACCUGGGAAGUCAUGAGAGGCUUUCCGAAGGCAGUAUCUAGGUAUUCAUUAUCUUGUGUAUACUAGACUAAUUCCCGCGCGAUAUCAUUGAACUUGCCAUUCGUAUCUGAACGAAGUCUUCUGCAGACCAGUCACCGCUCCCGUUUUGUCGUCAGCGUGCUAGGUGUACGCUGAAUAUGAAUCAUUACAUGUAGGUUUUCUAACAUCCGAGAUAGGUGCGUCUCGCGCUACCUCCCCCGUUGUGCACCAUUAACGAAAUUACCCAUGAUGUCUUCCGAUACG